CACCCUCUCCCUGGCUGCUGCAGAGAGGACUAACUCCCAACUGCGCGGGGCAGCAACGCUUGCACAAGCAGGAGGGGGAGAGAGAGGCGGAGAGAGAAGGAGAGAGAGAGAGUCAAGAUGGGCUCCUCGAGAAAGACAGCGAUACUGGCGGUAGCGACUGCAGCGACCGCGCUAUCUGGACUUCUCGCCGGCAGACCUUACGCCAUCGGUGUCGCAGCGGCCGCGGCGGAGGAUGGCAGCUGCUCCGCCACAGGCGGAGAGGGCUCGUGUGCAGCCCCGAUCGCGACGGAAGAGACUACUGCAGGCGGGGGGCUGUUGGACGGUUUCUCAUCCAUGUUCUCGAGCUUGAUCGGUCUGUUCGAAUCCCCUAAUGCGGAGACCUGUCUUCCCCAAGACCCGAAGGCAGACACGGCAGGUCGCAAGAAUCAGCUUGAGGCGGCACGGAAAGACUUUGUCUUCAGGGAAAGGCGCACUCCGAUCGACAUGCCCUUCCUGGAAGGCUUCCCCCCCGACGACCAACGCCCGAGUGUUUCAUGGGUCACUAAGCUGGCGGGCGCUAUCAUCCGAGCCAACCUUGGGGCUACCAGGGGAACGAUUGGUAUCGGGGAGAUCAUUGAGGCCGUUUCAGAUCCCUCGAGGGCGAAGAACUUCGUGAAGAGGCUUCGGGAGCUCAUCGGCGAGGCGAAAGUUAACGAACGACCGGUCAACAUCAACGACUACGAAGACCUCCACGCCUUCCCCAUCAAGACACCUGAUGCCAUGUACGACUUCGAUGAGGACGACGCCUUCACCCGGCAGCGCCUCCAGGGCCCGAACUGUGUGGUGCUUGAGAAGUGCUCCACAACCACCCGUCAGAAGCUCAAGGUUCUCGACUCCGACCCAUCUUAUAAGAACCUCAAGGACAAGGUGGACUCUCUCAUGAAGGACGGAAAGCUGUUCGUUGUAGAUCAUCACCUCAUCAAGGACGUGGAAACUUCUCCCCUGGAAGGUAUCCCUCGGUACGUGGCACCUAGUGUGGCGCUUUUCGAGGCUGUGGAUGACGAGCUGCUUCCGCUCAAACCCUUGGGGAUACAGCUGAGCCAGGGCGAGACGGCAGCACCAAUCUUCACUCCUGACGACGGGUACAACUGGAAAAUCGCCAAAGCGUGCUUCGAAGCGGCUGACUUCGUCAUUCACCAGGUGGUGUCCCACCUGGGUAACACGCACAUUGUGUUGGAGGCCCCCAUGGUCAGCAUGUAUCGUCAGCUUCCCAAGGAACACCCCAUCCAUGCCCUCUUUGCUCCACACGUGGAAGGAACGGCCCUCAUCAACUGGGGGGCGGACGAGCUCCUGAUGGAAGUAGAUGGAGGCGUGGACAGGCUGCUGGCCCCCAAGAUCGAAUAUGCCUGGGCGUUAACUCGGAGCCAGACCCUGGAACGCAUCUCCAAGGAUUUCUCGCCGGAGGUCGAUUUCGCUGCUCGCGGUGUGACCAAGACGGAUUUCCCUGGAAGAUACCAGUACCGCGAUGUCGGGCUCAAGUACUGGGAGGCCAUACACACCUGGGUGAAGGAUUACCUCGACGUGUACUACAGCUCCGACGUCGACAUCAGCGAUGACUACGAGUUGCAGGCGUUCGUGAAGGAGCUUGUUACCGUGGGAGAGCUGAAAUGGCUUGCGGAAUUGGAAAAUUCCGCGGACAAGAAAGUCUUCCUCGCUAAGGUAUUGGCGAGUCUGAUCUACUCUGCAAGCGUCCUGCACGCCGCGGUCAACUUCCCUCAGCAGCCCAUCAUGUCGUUCGUGCCCGGCAACCCCCCUUCGAUCUACGUGCCACCCCCCACUGACAAGACGAAGAGGAGCUUCGAAGAGUACCUGGCCUAUCUCCCACCCCUCGAGAUUGCAGCGGAACAGGUCGUGACCGGCAACAUUCUCGGCACUGUCUUCCACACCAAGCUGGGCGACUACGACGCGAGCCAGUUCAGCGACAAACGUGUCCAGGCCCCCCUCGCUAAGUUCCAGCAGGCCAUCGAGGACAUCGAAACCGACAUGGUUGACGAGAACGCCUUCGUUGUGUCUUCCUGGCGCAAGAGAGGCAAGGGCAAGAAAGCCGCCGCCAACUUCGGGUACACGACACUGCUUCCCGACAAGGUCCCGCAGUCCAUCAACAUAUAGUAUUGUGUACGCUUCAGCGGUAUGUAGAUGUAAAGGUUACGUGUGGUUGCCAUUGAUGUGAGUUGCUUGUUCAAGGGUUGACAAUGUCUACGUGUAGAUCGCACCGCGUCGUUGUCAAUAAUAGGCGCGAAACAUGUCCGUGUACACAGGUUCGUAUUUUUUUGAGAAUAUCACGUGGGGUUCCUCGGUCGCGUUUGCGUCGGGUGUCUCGGUUGAAUCAAAGAGACACACCCGACUUGCUGGAGUGGAUGGUGAGGAAGUAUUGAUUGAAAUCCUGUUGGUUUUCAUGAGUGUGUGGGUAGGUUUUUAGGACACGGGAGAAGUUGAAGUUUCACAGCAAACAAUUGUCAGCAAGAGAGCAGCUCUGUGCAACGUGUUCGUUCUGGCGUUCUUAACGGUGUGCCGUGGUUUCGUUUGGUCUUGCACCCUGGGGUACGUGAGGCGACAUUCUUUUCGUGUACAGCAUGGCAGUGAGAGCGUGGUAUAAAAUGACACGGGCGACCUUC